ACAGGGAUGGGGAUGCGGGGUAGGGAGGAGACCUCUCUCUCCUCUGGCCACUGGGAGCUCUUCUGCUCCAGGGUUCAGGGACUCAGGCAGCUUUGCUGUCCAGUUGUCCUCCCUGCUGGCAGAGUCUAAUUUCGGUGUCUGCCCCCGGGAGGUGCUGCUUCCCAUCCUUCCUUCCCCACUCCCCGCUUCCCUCCGCCGGGCAGGGCGGGGCGGGGAAUUGGGGAGAGCGAAAGAAGAUUCUCCAACUCCUAGGAAAGAAGGAGGCUUUGUGCGUCUUUAAGCUGGGGUGUCCCCUGUCGUGGGGGCGUGAGGAUGUUUCCUAAUCUCCUGUUGUAGAAGAAGGGUCCUUUGAUUCUGCUGGUUCCUUCCUCCCUUACCUCGGCUGUGACCAGCACAGCUCACGCGGACUAACUCCAGAGUGACCUGCCGCUGACAGGAGUCAGGAAAGGAGCCAGAGAUCCUCUUUCCAAUGACAUCCGGGGCUGCGUUGGGGAGAGAGAGUCCAGCCUAAGGCAGCCUCCAGGGCAGGCAAAAGCUUGACUGGGGACUAUUAUCCUUACUGCAGAAGAAAAGAAGUUGAUGGCCAGUAAGAUUCAAGAUUGCCUCCUUCAAGAAAUUUUCCAAAGCUGAAGGAUUAAGGCUUCCUGUGAGUCUUCCUUUGACGUAUCAAUACUCUCCUCCAUUCUCAGGAACAAUUUAGUUCUGGUCCUUUGUGGGUCUUCGUUCUCACAUUUAGUGUUUUUGGAUGAAAUCAUGGCAUCUAGCCUAACGUGCACAGGUGUGAUCUGGGCGCUGCUCUCCUUUCUCUGUGCGGCUGCUUCCUGUGUAGGAUUCUUCAUGCCUUAUUGGCUUUUGGGAUCGCAAAUGGGGAAACCGGUGUCCUUUGGCACUUUCCGGAGGUGCUCAUACCCAGUGCAUGAUGAGAAUCGCCAGACGAUGGUGAUGGUGGAGGAAUGUGGGCGCUAUGCCUCAUUUCAAGGUAUCCCCAGCGCAGAAUGGAGGAUCUGUACCGUAGUGACCGGGCUGGGCUGUGGUCUUCUUCUGCUGGUGGCACUGACUGCUCUCAUGGGUUGCUGUGUGUCUGAGCUCAUCUCAAGAACAGUGGGCAGGGUGGCAGGAGGAAUUCAGUUCCUGGGGGGCUUGUUGAUUGGGUCUGGUUGUGCUCUGUAUCCUCUGGGCUGGGACAGUGAAGAAGUCCGGCAGACCUGUGGUUACAUUUCUGACCAGUUUGACCUGGGUAAGUGUGAAAUUGGCUGGGCUUACUACUGCACUGGUGGGGGAGCAGCCACGGCCAUGUUGCUCUGCACUUGGCUUGCCUGCUUCUCUGGCAAGAAACAAAAGCAGUACCCAUACUGAUGGUGCCAAGGAUGGUGCAAGGAGACCCAGGUGGGAAGGAAUGUGCUCAAACAGACUGAAGAAUCAAGCACCAAGCAAAAUGAAAAGAUGGAUUUAUGGCUUUUAUCUAACACAAUUCUUAUAACAUGAGAUAGAAUGUUCUUGAGGACAUCAUCUGACACAGGGUGGGGUGGGGAGAUGGG